AUGCUCUUGAAGAAGCCCACCAUCGCCCUGUGCUCCAGCGGCAGCCUCUCCUCGGCCCUCUCUCUCCACACAUCCGCACCCGUGUCUAUAACGUCAUCGAUCAGUCCGCCCUCUGCCUCGACAUCGACGUCCACAGCAACUCCAGCGGCACCUCUGCGACCACUAUGCAGGAUAAUACCAGCAAGACCGACCCAAUGGCGUUCAUCACGACAAUACGCCACCGUCCGAGACGAAUCUCGUGGCAACGAUGACGACCCGGCCUCUCCGAACUGGCCCAAGUCCAAGAACCCGACCCCCUACGAGAUCUUCGACCAGGCCAAGACCACCCCCUACAGCAAGAAGACCUUCUACCAGCUCGUCAAGCUCUACCACCCAGACCGCCACGCCCACACCUCCUCCUCCAGCCUGCACGGUGGCGGUGCCGGCACCGCCGCCCUCUCCCACAAGGCGAAGCUAGAGCGCUACCGCCUCGUCGUCGCCGCCAACGACAUCCUCUCCGACCCGGCCAAGCGCCGCGCCUACGACCUCUACGGCGCCGGAUGGGGCGGAACCUCCGACAUGUCCAACACCGCCUUCCGCGAGGCCGACCGGGCCUGGCGCUCCCAAACCGGCUCCGCCGCCCACAACGCCACCUGGGAGGACUGGGAGCGCUGGCACUGGGAGAACAACAGCCGCCGCGACGGUGCCGCCGGCCGCUCUGAGCCGCGCUACAUGAGCAAUGGCCUGUUCGUGUUGUCGAUCUGCGUCUUCGUGCUGAUAGGUGGCUGGGGCCAGGCCACGAGGGCGGGUAACCAUGGAAUGUACCUGGUUGACAUGCAGGAGAAGAAGGAUGUCCGGAUCAGUGAGGAGAUGUGGCGCCGCAAGAGGGAGAAGGCACUCUUGACGAGGGAGGACCGGGUGGAGAACUUCUUAAGGUCCAGGGAGGGCUGGGACCAUGGGCCGAUUAAUUCUUCGCAUAUGCCCAAAGAUUGA